AUGGCCUCAUUGCGCAUCCUCUCUCGAACAACUCCGCAAUUCAAAUCAAUCACAUCAAACUCAAGAAACUUCUCCUCAAGUAUACCAAGACAUGCCGACUUCACGCACGCCGUUAUAGGCGGCGGAGUGAUAGGCCUAUCCAUAGCCCGCAAACUCCAACAACGCGACUCCGCCUCCACGGUCCUAAUAGAAAAGCACGGCCACGUCGGCACAGAAACAAGUUCGCGAAACAGCGAAGUCAUACAUGCAGGCCUCUACUACGGACCCACAUCUCUGAAAACCAAACUCUGCCUCCGAGGAAAAGACAUGCUAUACUCGCUAUGUAAACAACACGACAUCCCCCACCGCAACACCGGAAAAUGGAUCGUCGCCCAAGACGCCGCACAAAUGGACGCCCUCCAAAAAGUCCACGACUUCGCCAAAAGCAUAAACGUACCCAUCCAUUUCCUCAGCAAAGAAGAAGCCCACCGCCGCGAACCAGAUGUGCGGACUGAAGCCGGCGUCUUGGAAAGCCCCAGCACAGGCAUCGUAGAUUCGCACAGCCUGAUGCAAUACCUGCAAGGCUCCUUCGAAAACGGCGGCGGCAUCUGCGCCUUCAAAUCCACAGUCACACACAUCCGCCCCAUCGAUUCCGGGCGCAGCGGAUGGGAAAUCACAACGACGGGAGCGGACGGCGAGGAAAGCAGUAUCACAGCCGACACGUUGGUAAACUCGGCGGGUCUCUUCGCCGUCGACAUCCAAAACAUGAUUCUACCCAAAGAACGGCACAGAAAAGCUUUCUACGCAAAAGGCUCUUAUUUCAGCUACGCCGUCUCUCGGCCUAAACCCUCCACGCUCGUCUACCCGGCUCCUGUACCCGGCCACGGCGGUCUAGGAACGCAUCUCACGCUCGACAUGUCCGGGCGAAUCCGCUUCGGACCGGAUGUCGAGUGGACGGACUCACCUACAGACUACACGCCCAACACCAAAAACAUGAAGCAGGCUAUCGAUGAUAUCCAGACGUAUCUGCCAGGCGUGGAUAGAAACGCUAUUCAACCGGAUUACGUGGGUAUACGACCUAAGUUGGGCAAGUUGGCGGCGACGAGCGGGAAGGACUUUCAGGAUUUUGUGAUUCAGAAGGAGGAGGGGUAUGAGGGGUUUGUGAAUUUGUUGGCCAUGGAGAGUCCUGGGUUGACUAGUAGUUUGGCGGUUGCGGAGGAGGUGGAGGGGUUGUUGUAUCGGUAG